AUGUCACUAGGUAGUUCACUAGCUCACUGCUCCCCACCACUCUCAGAGAUCGGGUCACAUGGUAGUUCACUAGCUCACUGCUCCCCACCACUCUCAGAGAUCGGGUCACUAGGUAGUGCACUAGCUCAUUGCUCCCCACCACUCUCAGUGAUCGGGUCACUGGGUAGUUCACUAUCUCACUGCUCCCAACCAUUCUCAGAGAACAGGUUACUAGGUAGUUCACCAACUCACUGCUCCCCACCACUCUCAGAGAUCGGGUCACUAGGUAGUUCACUAGCUCACUGCUCCCCACCACUCUCAGAGAUCGGGUCACUAGGUAGUUCACUAGCUCACUACUCACCACCACUCUCAGAUAUCAGGUCACCAGAUAGUUCACUAGCUCACUGCUCCCCACCACUCUCAGAGAUCGUGUCACUAGAUAGUUCACUGGCUCACUGCUCCCCACCACACUCAGAGAUCGAGUCUCUAGGUAGUUCACUAGCUCACUGCUCAACACCACUCUCAGUGAUCGGGUCAACAGUUAGUUCACUAGCUCACUGCUCCCCACCACUCUCAGAGAUCGGGUUACCAGCGAUCGGGUCACCAGGUAGUUCACUAGCUCACUGCUCCCCACCACUCUCAGAGACCGGGACACUGCGUGGUUCACUAGCUCACUGCUCCCCACCACUCUCAGAGAUCGUGUCACUAGGUAGAUCACUACCUCACUGCUCCCCACCACUCUCAGAGAUCGGGUCACUAGGUAGUUCACUAGCUCACUGCUCCCCACCACUCACAGAGAUCGGCUCACUUGGUUGUUCACUAGCUCACUGCUCCCCACCACUCUCAGAUAUCGGGUCACCUGGUAGUUCACUAGCUCACUGCUCCCCACCUCUCUCAGAGAUCGGGUCACCAGGUAGUUCACUAGCUCACUGCUCCCCACCACUCUCAGAGAUCGGGUCACUAGGUACUUCACUAGCUCACUGCUCCCCACCACUCUCAGAGAUCCGGUCACCAGGUAGUUCACUAGCUCACUUCUACCCACCACUCUCAAAGAUCGGGUCACUAGGUAGUUCACUAGCUCACUGCUCCCCACCACUCUCAGAGAUCGGGUCACUAGGUAGUACACUAGCUCACUGCUCCCCACCACUCUCAGAGAUCGGGUCACCAGGUAGUUCACUAGCUCACGGCUCCCCACCACUCUCAGAGAUCAGGUCACUAGGUAGUUCACUAGCUCACUGCUCCCCACCACUCUCAGAGAUCGGGUCACUAGGUAGUACACUAGCUCACUGCUCCCCACCACUCUCAGAGAUCGGGUCACUAGGUAGUUCACUAGCUCACUGCUCCCCACCACUCUCAGAGAUUGGGUCACUAGGUAGUUCACUAUCUCACUGCUCCCCACCACUCUCAGAGAUCGGGUUACUUGGUAGUUCACUAGCUCACUGCUCCCCACCACUCUCAGAGAUCGGGUCACUAGGUAGUUCACCAGCUCACUGCUCCCCAUCACUUUCAGGGAUCAGGUCACUAGGUAGUUCACUAGCUCACUACUCCCCACCACUCUCAGAUACCGGGUCACCAGAUAGUUCACUAGCUCACUGCUCAACACCACUCUCAGAGAUCUUGUCACUAGGUAGUUCACUAGCUCACUGCUCCCCACCACUGUCAGAGAUCGGGUCACUAGGUAGUUCACUAGCUCACUGCUCCCCAGCACUCUGA